AUGGAGAAGCAGCACAGCUGCGAACAUCAAGAUGUCCUCGAAAAGUAUGACGAUUCCUCUGUCGCCGACUCCCUCACCCCAGAAGAGUUGGAGCAGGAGAAGAAGCUCGUUCGCAAGAUUGAUCGUUACAUCCUGCCCUGCAUGUGGCUCAUGUAUCUCCUGUCUUACAUGGAUAGAACAAACAUCGGCAACGCAAAGAUUGCCGGCAUGGACAAGGACCUCAACCUAGACUCCAACAAGUACUCCGUCGCCCUGACCGUCUUCUUCGUCAGCUACGUCGUCUUCGAGGUCCCCUCCAACAUGAUCCUCACACGCACCAGACCUAGCCGCUACCUAGCCACCAUCAUGUUCCUCUGGGGCGCCGUCACCAUCGGAAUGGCAUUCACGCCCAGCUACGGCGCGCUAGUUGGCUUUCGGUUCGUCAUGGGUCUCCUGGAAUCCGGGUUCGCGCCGGGCAUCCUGAUGAUUCUGUCGUCUUGGUAUCGCAAGGAGGAGCAGAGCAAGCGUUUUGCCGUGUACAUAUCCGCAGCUAUUCUGUCCGGUGCGUUUGGCGGCCUGCUCGCCGGAUCUAUUACCAGUGGUUUGCAUAAUUCUCAUGGAAUAGCUGGGUGGCGUUGGCUGUUUAUCGUUGAGGGUGCUGGGACGAUGGGCGUUGCGCUCGUCGCGGCGUUUAUUCUGCCUGAUUUUCCGAGUAAUACUUCGGAUCGUAAGCUCACUGCUGAGGAGAGGAGGUUGGCGAUCCGGAGACUCGAGGUCGAUGCUAGGAGUCGUCCUGCGGAGGAGGAACCACGGUUGAGUCAUUUGCAGGCUUUGAAGCUUAGUGUUGUGAAUUGGAGGACGUGGUUGCUCGUUGUUGGCUAUAUGGCAAUAGUCGGAUCAUCCACCCUGUCCUACUUCUAUCCCACGCUGGUCAACGGUCUAGGCUACCAAGCCAAAGAAGCGCAGUACAUGACCAUUCCCAUCUUUGGCGUAGCAUUCGUCGCCACAGCCAUCACAGGCUAUCUCGCCGACAAGAACGCAAAAUGGCGAGGCGUCAUCCUCGGCGCCAUGAUGACCGUCGCGAUGCUCUGCUCGGUCAUUAUAUGCGCCGUGUACAACGUCAAGGCGAGGUAUGCCCUCCUCGUCAUCAUGGCAUCGGGGCUCUGGGCCUCAAACGGUCUUGCAUUGUCCUACGCGUCCGUGACAUUUUCGUCCAUGCCAAAUGAGACAAAGGCUGUUUCGUUGGCUCUCGUUAAUGCUAUGGGGAAUCUGGCGCAGAUCUAUGGAGCUUACUUGUUUCCGUCUGGGGAUGCGCCCAAGUAUCUUACUGGGUUUGGUGUUAUUAGUGGCAUGUGUUUGACUGGUGUUGCGGCGUACUUUUCGUUGCAUGUGCUUCUUAGACGAGUCGCACGGCGGACGGCAGAGUGA